AUGCCGUCUAAACUGAUCGGCUCGGUUAAGCGUAUUGGCUCGUCUAAGUCUAAGGCUACCAGCUCGUCCAAGCCUGCAAGCUCAUCCAAGCCUGCAAGCUCAUCCCAGUCCAAGCCUACCAGGUCUUCCAAGCCUGCUAGCUCAUCCAAACCGACCAACCCACCCGGCACUUCUAAGCAACCCACCACCACCACCAACAAUAACAACCCGCCUCCCGCACCCACACCCACCCCCACCCCCACCCCCCUAACCCUCAACGCGCGCUACGAAAUCAACCCCGACGCAAACAACGGGCUAGGCUUCGCAUACGACGAGGUCGUACGGGGGAAACAUAAGCGGAGCAAGAUGUGCGCUGUGGAUUGUGAGGAUUGUAGAGCUUAUUACCAGAACAUAGGCCCCAUGCCACCCCGCGCCCAAGCCCCCCUCUGGCGCUCGCCCACACAUAAACCACGGGCUCAUCGGCAGGAACAAAGCACUACCGCCGCCGCCUCUUCCUCUUCUUCUACCUCGAAGACAAAGAUCAAGGGCAAGACCGCUGCGGAAAGUCAAACCAUUCAAUCCCACCUCGCCCAAAUCUCGCGCCAUCGCGUCGCCUGGACCCGCCCAAAAACGCCACCUUCGUAUUGGGAUAUCGGAUUCCCGAAUACGCAACAGGUGGGCGGGAUUAAUGAGCGGGCGAGGGAGAUGAGGGAGGAGGAGGAGAGGGAGGUGGAGCGGGAGGUGAAGGGCGGUGCGGAGGGGAAGGAGGGGAGGUGGAGGAGGAGGGGUGGAUGA